GCUCACGACUCCCACCACCGCGCUCCUUCACUUUAGACGAGCCUGUAGAAUCACCGACCCCCCCGCGCAAUCCUCGUUUCAGCCAUCCAUGGCCUCACUCACAUUUCUCUUUCUUAUGCUCUGCCCAUAUGCGGGCGCAUACGCCUCAACAGACGACGUCCGUGCACGGCCGGCACCCCCAAGCCCCAUUUCGCGCAGGGGCCUGCCCUCAGUAGGAUUCUACAACCCCACCAGCGGCGGCGGCGACUGGCUGACGCAAGUACAAGAUACAUAUCCGCCCGGGCAGGGCGAGCCUAUCAACGUCGUCAUUUCCGGUGACUCACAAUCCGCGGUCCUGCAGAAUCAGGAGCUGGACGGCGGGCUGCUCAACUACUUCAUCUCAUUCGGCUACUCGACGGAAUGCCUCGGUCAGCACCAAGGUGCCCCGCAAGCGGCCAACUUAGGAGAUGGCUUGGGUUAUGUGAACCAGACGGCUGAGAUUCGGUGGGACUACGGGAACCCACAGUUGGGCACGUGCCAGGAGACGAUUGAGGGAGGCAGUCACUUCCGAUACUGGUCCCAGAACGGUGCCAAGGCAAAUAGCAACGCUGUGUUCAUGGCGGCAUCGUAUGAGCUACCCGAGACAGACCAGCACAACAUCGUUUUCGACGGGUACAACCUCGGGCGCGACUGGCUCGUGGGCAACGUGACAAACCAGUCGAAGAUCAUCGACACUGCAAAGCUCAACAACGCGUCAUCAUACACAGGGCAGACAUCGUAUGAUGGAUACACUUACGAGACAACAGCAAAAUACUACUGGGGAUACCUGCCAAACACAAGCUACGCCGUGAAUCAUAAUGGCAGCGUAGCAAACGCGACCAUCAAUGCCGUUGACGGAUGGCUAGCAGUGCUGUCAGUGAAAAUCGUGUCCCAGCCUGCUGCAACGAGCGAUGCGCGGAUAUCAUGGUCGAUUCCGUCAUGGCAGACCCUGUGCCUGCCGCUGGCCGUAAUGCUCUUCGCGCACACCGUCGCCGUCUCGCUAUCUAUCUAGAACCCUCCGUCCCUCUCCGACCCCACGGACUGACUGACCGGUUCGCAUUCCGCUCGCUCUCUCGCUAUCCGCCUAACGACCGUCACGACCUUUCUCUUUCUGCCCAUCGAUGUCCGUGUUGGCUGGGUCGAGCACGUCACCGCGCCGCAGAUCACUCGCGAUAAAUUGCGCGCCUGCCUUGUGUCUGGACUUUGCCCCGCUCGUCGUCACUACUACUUGUGUGUCAUAGUUUUCCUCUGCAAUGUAUACCCGGACUCGAUGGACGGGCUCACUUACUCUUACGCAGACAGUUCUACGCGCUGUUUUUCUUUUCCUGUUUAUUACUUACGCUUACACCCCCCUAGCGCGACGGAAGCCCCUUCCGCACUGUACCUACACCCACAACGAAUGAGCCCACAUCGCUUGUUACUAGAGUAUACUGGUUGCGUCAAUUCGAACGGACUCUUUCACUCGUA